CAAACGGUCUAGUUCCAAUUGUAGAGCCCGAGAUUCUGAUGGACGGUGAUCAUGAUCUGGAGCGGUCGGCUCAGGCCACCACUGAAGUCCUUAGUGCCGUGUUCAAAGCUUUGCACGACCAUCUUAUCUUCCUGGAAGGCUCGCUGCUCAAGCCUAAUAUGGUCCUGCCCGGGUUUGACUCGCCUAAAAAGUACACUCCUCAGGAUAUUGCCAAGGCUACCGUGACUACAUUACGCCGUACUGUUCCACCCGCAGUCCCGGGCAUUACCUUCCUGUCAGGUGGUCAAUCUGAGGAGGAAGCUACUAUCAACCUCAACGAAAUCAACCGUGUUCCGGAAGUCAAGCCGUGGGCGUUAACGUUUUCGUAUGGACGAGCGCUGCAAGCAUCCGUCCUAAAGACCUGGAAGGGGAAAAAGGAGAAUGUGGAAGCCGCUCAGAAGGUGUUUAUUGAACGAGCAAAAGCAUGUUCUCUGGCAGCUUUGGGCAAGUACCAAGGAGGUGAUAAAAGCUCGGGUGCUACAGAGAGCUUGUAUGUGAAGGAUUACAAGUACUGAACUCUAUCUGGGAUGCUUUGGAGUUUUCUUGAGAAGGGAUAUUGGUGUGCCAUUACUUGUAUAUUGUUGUGCUCCGGCAAAUAAGAUAUGAGCUUUCUCAAAAGUCCUUUCUCA